GCGGACGGCGAGGACGAGCUGAAGAAGCGCCAGCUGAUGGAGCUGGCCAUCAUCAACGGCACGUACCGGGACUCCAGCAAGCCGUCGCCGGAGCUGGCGCUGAGCGCCGGCCUGCCGAGUUCAGCAGGUAACACGGUGCUGGGCCGGCGGUGUCUGUACUAACGCCAGCGGGCUGCACGGUGCCCACGGAACGCACCCUUACCGGCCCGCGUCUAACGGCCCGACGUCGUCGGCCGACGGACGGCGAUCCCGACUGAGACGUGACCUCGGGCGUCACGCCGUGCACUCAGGGCAUCGGACUUGUGUGCUUGGCAGUCUCCAGUGACGAUGUCCGUGUGCCUGUC